ACGACUCUCCUCAGCUCGUACUGAAACACCAGGGGGAGGAACUUUGACCAGCGCUAGUUAGCUACCAGCUAGCUGCUCUCUCUAUUAUUUUCUUAUUUUGUGUGCUGUUGCAUAUGCAGAGCAAUGUGGUUUAUUUAUUUACUGAGCUGGCUGUCGCUGCUCAUCCAGAUAUCCUUCGUCACGUUAGCAAUAGCUGCUGGCCUCUACUACUUGGCUGAACUAAUAGAAGAGUACACAGUAGCCACCAGCCGAAUAAUAAAGUACAUGAUACUGUUCUCUACAGGGGUGCUGGUAUGCCUCUAUAUGUUUGAAGGCUUUCCAAUGUUGAUGGUGGGAGUCGGCCUCUUCACAAACCUGGUUUAUUUUGGACUCCUGCAGACCUUCCCCUACAUACUUCUGAGCUCCCCAAACUUCAUCCUCUCCUGUGUGUUGGUGGUGGUGAACCAUUACAUGGCCUUCCAGUACUUUGCACAAGAGUAUUACCCAUUCUCAGAGGUGCUUGCCUACUUCACCAUCUGCCUGUGGGUGAUCCCCUUUGCCUUCUUUGUGUCGCUGUCUGCAGGAGAAAAUGUUCUCCCGUCCACCAUGCAGCAAGGAGAUGAUGUAGUAUCUAAUUACUUCACCAAGGGCAAACGGGGGAAGAGGUCUGGGAUCCUCCUGGUGUUCUCUUUCCUGAAGGAGGCAGUGCUGCCCAGCCGACAGAAAAUGUACUGAGGGCUUGAGAGUCUGGGGCGCUGCCUCGGGGACGGUGGGGACCUGCGAGUACGUGUUGAAGAUCAAAGGGGAAGCAGGAAGGACAGUGGAAAUUGUUUCUGGAUGGGACUAAAACGACGCUGUGGCCAAAUGGGGAAGAAAGGCAUGUUAAGAAAUAAAUAACUUGAAAAAGGACGGACCAAUGAACAGAUCAGAGCUUCCUGCUGGACGAGCCCGGCGAGUUUACCCAGGCCACGUCUGUCUGUCUUUGUCUUUCUGUCUGUACUGACUGCCAGCAACACCCACCAGAGACCUCUUUGUGGGGAUCCUAUGUGUAGCGUGAUGCUUUCAUGUCAAGUUGGACUCAUUUUUUAAAGCUUUAGUAAUAAAAUAUCUACACGUGGGGUUUAAAAAAUAACAACCAGAGAUAAAUACUUGUUUUUCCUUUCUGUCGUACGUGUGUCAAAGGCCUCACACUUCAUCUGAUUCCAUACACAGAGUAGUGUUAAAGAUAGGAAGAAAUUCUGAUGAAGAGGAUUUCCUAGAUAUGAGGCAGAUCAGAGGUACUUUAUGAUUAAUUGCUGCUGUCCAAACUUGGAUUUUGGUUUAAAAAAAAAUGGCAUAUUAGUUGCUACAGGUCGCCAAACAAACAUUUUAAUUAGAUUACUUGAAAUGAAGAAGGACAAACUGUGGAGAAGUCCUGCUCUGUUUUACAAAGUAUGACAUGGUAUAAACAAUAUCCCGCCUGGCAUAUAAUAUCUCAGAAAAUGAAUUCAGCAAAGGCACUUGUGAAGGGUCACUUUUAACUAUUGAAGUGAGCUACGAGGCACAUUUCCUGCACUGGAUCUCAGCAUGCUCAUCAGCAUUUGGCCACAGAAACAAUAAGAUUUCAUGUGCUUCUACUCAUAAACCACCAGCACUACAUAUUCCUUUGUUUGUUUUGUUUUUGUUUUGGACUGUUUGUAAGAAUUUAAACUGACAUACCUGACAUCAAAGAGAAAUGUAAACACUUGUAGAGAUCAAACUUUUGCAGUGACUUUUUUUAAGCUCACUGCUGUUGGGGAGAAAAGCUGCUCAGUGUGGUAUAAAGAGACAAACAUUAAAAAGGAUAAAAUUCCUUUUAUCAAUUCCCCAGUGUGAUUCACUGCAGGCUGAUAUGCUCGCAGCUGUGUAAUUAAAAGAGUUUAGUGAAAUAACUUUGGAUUAAAUGGUUAUUUUUUUACAGGCUGAAAUAAAGGGGACAGAAACACUUA